CUCUCCGUGUUUAUUAUCAGUAUCAGAAGAUUCAGAACCGUAUAUUUCUUUGGCAGCUCGCUCUGCUUUUCUUUGCUGCUUAUACACCCUAACACUACAACACCCCAUUCAUUCAUUCUCUUCCCAAGAUCGAGAAGGAAGUCAGUCAUCCUCUCUGUAACUCUUCAGCGAGUGUGAGUGUGGGGCUGCGCUGGGCGAUACUAUAGGACCGAAACCAAAAGGAGGAGGAGGAGGAGCAAGAUGGCUGUUACGAUGAAACAGAUGUCCUUGAUCGUGGCCACUUUGGGUGUCCUGUCAUUCAUCUUUGGAGUGAUUGCUGAGAAUAAGAAGCCAACCGCAGGAACAGCAAUUGAUAUGAAAGGUGUUACUGUGUGCAAGUAUAAGGCGGAUCCGACUGUAGUUUUGGGGUCUCUCUCCUUCGCAUUUCUUAUCGCGUGUGCUGUGGCGGGCUUUAUGUCCGUGUUUUACCCUUACAAGGGAAAGUCCAUCCCGCAAUCUGCCUUGUUCCAGAAUACGAGCUUCGUGGUGUUCUUCCUCAUCGCCCUGGGACUAGUGGGAUUAGGAGGAGCACUAAUUUUGUGGCCCACGAUCAUGGAGCAACUUCACAUUAACAACAAUGUCCACCCCUUGGAAAGCACUUCAUGUCCGACUGCUAAGACGGGACUUCUCGGUGGUGGGGCCUUCCUAUCGCUGGAUGCCAUGCUUAUCUGGCUCGUUGCGCUCAUGCUAGCGAGCAACACCCGCGAGGACUACUUUGAAGAAGUUGAGGGGAGCAGUAAGGGGGAUGCCACUGAGGUUUUACCAGGCGAUUAUGAGAUGGCACAUACGAAGGCUGUCGCUUAAUGCUUAGUAGUGGUCUCUUCCUGGAAAGGGAAUAAAUGCCGUUCUUUCAGAAUGAAAGACUUAUUUAUAGGCUACUGGUGUAUUUCAGUUCUCUUAUCGACAUUUAGGUUCGAAGAGCAGCUCUUGGCAAUUCUGAACAGCAUCAUCGAUUGUGAAUACGACCACCUUACCAUAUUACACAUGA